GCCACCUCUAACCCCCUUUCUGUCUCCCCCUUAGUGCGCAUCCACCAGUUGGUCGACGUCAUCCCCUAUUGGCCGGAAUGGAUUGUCAUGUCUUUCACGGCUUUACUCUAUUUCGUCCUCACUUUCGGCUGGAAUUUCGACGACAAGUGUCCGAAAGGAUAUAUCGGACCGGGCGGUCUGGCGAACAACAUGUCGCACAUCCACUGCACGGGCGGAGCGGCCGCUUAUAUCGACCGCUGGCUGUUGGGCGAGAAACACCUCUACCCCUACUUCACGGGAAACCGUUUGUACGAUCCCGUCGGACAGUUCGGUCUCCUCCACGACCCCGAAGGCGUCCUCGGCACCACCACUUCCAUUCUGUUGACGUUCUUUGGCCUCCAAAUGGGCAAAAUCCUGAUCGCAUAUCCGAGUCCUAAACAACGGAUCGUCCGAUGGCUCUCUUGGGCCGCAAUUCUCGGCGCGUUGGCGGCGCUGUUCGCGGCCACGGGCUGGAUCCCCAUCAACAAGAACUUGUGGUCCUUCUCCUUCAUAUGCCUGACCUCCGCGUCCGCCUGCGUCGCCAUUUCCCUCCUCUACUAUCUCGUAGACGUGGCGCGCGUUUGGCCGAACGGACAGCCCUUUCACUACCCGGGAAUGAACUCCAUUCUGCUGUACAUCGGCCACGAACUCACGUCCUCAAUGUUACCCUGGUCCUUCAAUGUUGACGAGACGAGUCACGUGGGCCCUUUGGCCCGCAAUCUCGUCGCCACAACCCUUUGGUUCGUAAUCAGCGUCCGUUUGGCGCAAAACAACUUCUUUCUCACGGUUUGAGACCAAAGAUACGCCAAAAAUCAGUUCAAAAACACUAAUUCUUGUCACAAAUGAUUGUAAAUUAAUAUAUCAUUAAACUGUUGUUAAUUUGUUGA